UUCGGGGUAGUUCUACUUUACAAACCGGAAAUUCGCUCUUUUAUAUUGAAAAGUCUAGAAAGUACUAUGAAUAUUAGAUAAGUCGGUCAUUAACUCUGAAGUGGUUCGAGACACAGUUUUUCUUAACCCUGUGUGGUUAUGUAAAAUCAUCAUAUUUAGUAGGUCACAUUAAUUGAAAGUCAGAGAUAUUAAAAUAUUGUUUCGUUGUAAAAGUGAUUUCCAGAGAAACAGUAGUGAACAAAUUUACCUGUGCAGCAAUUUAAAGUUUUCAAAUAAAAUGGAGAGCUUUGUAAGUAAGGGAUUUACUUCCCCUUCUCACACCAAAGUCAUUCAACCAGAACUGUGUUCAAUGAAAAGCGAGUCUUUUUAUCUGAAUCAGGAACUCAAAAAGAGGGGUAUCACCAACACAGAAGUGGCAGAUCCUCCUAUAAAUUGUGAGAUAGCUUACAGAACACUUCUCACUUCUGAGGCUGUGGAAUUUCUGUCAGAACUCUGCCAGGAGUUUGACAAAGAAGUGACUCAGAUGCUACAAGCCCGGGAACAAAGGAAACUGGAAUUGAAACAAACAGGUAGUCUUCCUGACUUUGAUCCUAAAACUGCAAAUAUACGAGAGUCUAGUUGGACGGUUUCACCAGUUCCCAGAAGGCUUCAGUGUCGUCAUGUAGACCUUGGUGAUGUGUCUCCUAGCAACAGAGCCCAUUUUGUUGCUGCACUGAAAUCUGCAGCACAAGGAAUUCAGACGGAUUUUGACGACGGACAUUGUCCCACUUGGGCCAAUCAGCUUCAAGGUCUCUACAAUGUAUACAGAGCGGUACACAACACUCUGCCAGGUGUACCAAACAUCGAGGAUGCUCCAGUUCUGAUGCUGAGGCCCCGUGCCUGGAACAUGGUGGAACACAACCUGAUUGUGAAUGGUCGGGAAGUCUUAGGUCCACUGUUUGAUUUUGGACUUCUUAUGUUCCACAAUGCCCAUAUUUUGUUGGAAAAGGAGUGUGGACCUUAUUUCUACCUAUCCAAACUUGAAGGCAGCAGAGAGGCUGCAGUAUGGGAUGCUAUUUUUAGCUGGACUGAGAAAAAGCUGAAGCUGCCACAUGGAUGUGUGAAGGCCUGUGUGUUGAUUGAGAAUGUCCUGGCCUCCUUUGAGAUGUAUGAGAUCCUGUAUGCCCUCAGGGACCAUUCUCUGGGACUUAACUGUGGCAUCUGGGACUACUCUGCCUCCUUCAUCAAUAAGUUUGGUCACCGGCGAGACUUUUUGCUACCAGACAGGAAUAAGUAUGUUUCUAUGGACCGCCAUUUCCUGAAGAGCUACAUGGAUCUCGUGGUACAGACCUGCCAUCGCCGCGGAUGCCAUGCAACAGGGGGAAUGGCAGCCUUGUUAUUACCUAAUACAGAAAAGGAUGAAAAAUAUCGAAUGAUUCAAAAUAAAGUCUUAAGAGCUAAGCAGGCAGAGAUAGAGGCAGGGGUAGAUGGAUUUAUGGUGUACGACGUACGCUUGGUGGGCCCAGCUCAACAGAUGUGGAAAAGGUUAACCUCAUCAGACAAUCAGUUUUCCAGAUCAAGGUCAGAGGUCAAGGUCACCAAUAAAGACUUAUUACUGAUGCCAUCAGGAGGAGUGACAGAGACAGGUUUGAAACAUAACAUUGCUGUUGGUAUCCUCUUCAUUGAAGCUUGGCUCAGAGGUGUUGGCCAUUACUAUUACAAGGGAGCUGUGGAGGAUUCAGCCACCGCUGAGAUAUCCAGGUCACAGAUCUGGCAGUGGAUAAGAUUUCAAGCAGUUUUAGAAGACAAUGGCAAGCAGGUAACAAUGGCGAUGGUGAAGACCUUAAUCAGAGAAACGAUGCAGAGGAUGUUCUGGUCAUCGGAGAAUUCUCAUUUUGUGACGGAAAAAGACAGGCAGAGGCUUCUCACAGCUGCUCAAAUGUUCCAAGAAAUCUUGUCCAAGCUAGAUUUCCCAGAAUUCAUCACUACGUAUUUGAAUUUAGAUCACACAUUUUUAAGGAGCCAGGCUUCAUUUUCUUUCAUCAGUAUGUCAGCCAUAGAAUCUCGUUUGUGAAGGAGAACUUGGUAUUCUCGUGGUAGAGCCCGGUGUCCUAGGAUCUUUGAACGGUGAACACUUGUAGUCAUUCCAUAUUAUUGGCUAUUUUAUUAAAGAUUGCAUUUUAAAAUAUAUUUACUCAAUACAAUUUUAAUUCAACCAGAAUAGUUCCUGUAGUGUUGGAGUGUUUAUCUGUCUGUCUGUAUUUGUGCUCUUUUUCCUGUUGUGCUCUGAUUUAUAAAAACUUUGCACACAAAUUACAAGAUCUAAUUUUAUUUACUGAUUGAAAUGUACAAUAUUGACCAGGCUAGUACAUGUAGAAUAAUUUUUUGAACUUUUUAGAAAUGCUACCUCAUCAUUUUGUUUGAUUUCAGUAUAUAUUUUAUUAUUUGAAAAUGCUACUUGUCUUACAGAUUUUUUUAUGUCCCUAUAUUUAAGAUUAGGGGGUAUGUGCAUUUUGGUUUGUCCAUCAGUCUGUUUGUCUGCAAAAACUUAAAGUUUAUUUAUAAUUUUUGAAUGGUUAGUGUUAAGGCUGUUUUGUUUAUUAUUUUAAAAAUAAAAAUCCUUAUGAUGAUUUUUCCUUGGAAACACACAGUGUGAUUGUAUAAAACAUUUCUCUGUUAUUGUAGUGUCAUUCUUGUAAUUAGCCAUCUGACUCGUUCUUAGUCCGAAAUAUCUGUCCAUUUAAAGAAAAAAAUUAUGUUCUACUUUUCACCAAAAAAAUCAAGCUUUAGAGGAAUGUUAUAGUCACAUAUUGAAGACAUGUAAUUUUUGGAACUUUAAUCAAGGUGAUAAUUAAUGCCUAAUGGAAACUUGUUUAUAAAAUUUUAUUUUGUAGUUUUUGCUUUUGAUGAAAAGGGGCCUCUGGUUUUGUAUCUGCCUUAAUACAUGUAUUAAAGUGCUACAGGUUUAAUAUUGUCAGUAUGGUACAGGAGUGUAUUGUAUCUCAUGUUUGUUUGUUAUUUUAUAUGUAUCAUUUAUUCAGGUGCCAUAUACUUUUCAUAUGUGAUAUGUUAAUCACAAUCAUCAGAUGUGAUUGGUAAUGCUUACAUUUGCAAAUUCAUGUCUCUUAGAAAUAUUGGGGCAUUAAAGCUCACCUGAGCCUAAGGCUCAAUAAGCUUUUCUGAUGGAAACUUGUCUGGCGUUUGUCUUUUGGGUCAUCUGUAAACUUUUAGUGACUUAAUCUUCUCAGGAACCCCAGGGCCAAUUUCAACCAAACUUGCCAAAAAAAAUCAUGAAUAAAGAAGAUUAUUUUUUUUAAAUAAAGGGCGAUGUCCUCUUUCAAGGGGAGAUAAUUAAGGAUUGGGGUCAUAAGAAAUCAGGGCCACAAAGACCAAUCAAAGUUUUGCAUGGGAAUAGAUAUUUUAAUCUACUCAAAAACAACAAAACCAUGUCAAGUCCUAUUCACAAUGGAGUAUCCUUGUGUAGUAAAUAUAUACAAAGGGGCAUGCUAAUGGAUGGCAAGGUCAUGGUAAAUCAGGUGAGCACUGUUGUCCUCUGUUUUGUAUUUAUAAAUAAAAUAUUUUUGUACUACAUGAA